UAUUGACACUGUGAAGUGAGGUACAUUCAAAAGAGGAAUGAGAUGGUCUUUCAAUGCGACUAUCUCAUCGUCCUGAUGGCUCUAUUUGCGGCCGAGACUCACACAAAGAGCCCCUCUUUUGGUCAUUAUGAACUUCCUAACUUUUUUACUUUCGGCGUAGCCACCGCCUCGUUGCAGAUCGAGGGAGGAUGGAAUUCAGAUGGAAAAGGCGUCAACAUCUGGGACACACUGACACACGAUCGCCCUUACUUGGUGGAAAAUCAGGAUAAUGGAGACGUAGCCUGCGACUCAUAUCAUAAGUACAAGGAAGAUGUACAGCUGCUCAAGGAUUUGGGGGCAGACUUCUACCGCUUCUCCAUAUCUUGGGCCCGUGUUCUCCCAGAGGGACACGAUAAUAUAGUGAACCAGGCCGGCAUUGACUACUAUAACAACCUCAUAAACGAGCUGUUAGCCAACGGGAUAGAACCAAUGGUAACAAUGUAUCACUGGGAUCUUCCUCAGGCGCUCCAAGACUUGGGAGGAUGGCCGAAUAUGCAAUUAGCAAAAUAUUUUGAGGCUUACGCUCGUAUAUUGUUCACUCACUUUGGAGACAGGGUUAAACUAUGGAUCACGUUCAACGAACCCCUGACUUUCGUGUCAGGAUAUGCAUCUGAGAAGGGAUUCGCUCCAGCAAUCAACACACCUGGUAUCGGUGACUACCUUGCGGCACAUACUGUGAUCCACGCUCACGCCAGAGUCUAUCAUUUGUAUGAUCAGGUGUUCAGAAGCAGACAACGAGGUAAGGUUGGUAUAGCACUUAAUAUCAACUGGUGCGAGCCACUGACGAACUCUACAGAGGAUAUUGCAGCUUGCGAGCGGUACCAACAGUUCAAUCUGGGAAUCUACGCUCAUCCUAUCUUCAGUACUGAGGGUGAUUACCCCGCUGUAGUGAAAGAGAGGAUAUCUAGAAACAGUGCCGCUCAGGGUUACACUACGUCAAGGCUGCCAACCUUCAGUCCAGAAGAAGUGGAGUACAUUCGGGGAACCUCAGACUUCUUCGGAUUGAACUUCUACACUGCCUACUACGGAAAAGAAGGAGAAGAAGGCAAUAUUCCUUCACUGGGCAGAGAUUCUGGACUCAUCACAAGACAAGAUUCUAAUUGGAUCUCAUCUGCUUCUACGUGGCUUAAGGUUGUCCCGUGGGGAUUUCGUAAGGAAUUCAAUUGGAUCAAGAACGAAUACAAUAACCCUCAAGUGUUCGUCACAGAAAACGGUUUCUCGGACCUCGGGGAGCUCAAUGACACAGGCAGAGUAUAUUUCUACACUACUUAUCUGACUGAGAUGCUGAAGGCAAUUCACGAGGACGGUUGCAAUGUAAUUGGAUACGCUGCCUGGAGCCUAAUGGAUAAUUUCGAGUGGAACAGAGGAUACGCCGAAAAGUUCGGCCUGUACCACGUUGAUUUCAACGAUCCGACUCGCCCACGCACUCCAAAAGAGUCGGCCAAAGUAAUCGCAGAAAUUAUAAAAACCAGAAAGAUUCCUGAGCGUUUCUGGCAGGAUUAGAUUUAAUCUUUCAUCCUUGACAUGUUUCGCUCGGAGCGACCAUCUUCAGGACUACUAUUACAGUGUGAUUGGUCACUAUCAAUACAUACUGACACUACUAUUACAAUGUCAGUAUAACACAGCGUGGCCUGAACAACUAAACAACGAAACAAAAGAGUCCUAUUAUUCAAACAACGGAACCACGACGCGGUAGACACUCAAUUUCCUUUAAGGAGAGGCAGUAUAAAGGACACGAAACAAAUUGGUUCUAGAUUUUAACAAAAAGUUUUUUAAACCACACUUGUAAAUAUACUAAUUAUAAUAAUUUAUAAAUGUUUUUAACAAAUUCAUGCACAUCGCAGUAACUGUUAAAGGAUAACAGUGCGACGUGCUGCCUAAAAUCCGGGUGAUAAGACGUUCAUUGCUGGGCAACGGCUGCGAUAAGAAUGUAUAUUUCAGUGGAAACGGAAUACCAGCAGACCGUUGCAUAGAAAUCGCCUAAACAACAAAUGCGUUACCCCGGAGAAUACUACCGGCGGAUAGAACAUAUGAAAAGGAACCCUUGGAAAAAGUAUUCCCUAGUCAGUCCGAGUGCACGUUAUAAGAGUCCAACGUCGGCCAGAGACGAGUUCAGUUGUAUCCGACUGAAGCAGAAGUGUUGUAACGCCCAAAGGACGUUACAGACGGAGAAUAACUGUGUGAGUGUAAGUGACUGUGCAAUAAAUAGAUAUUCGUUCAAAUCCGAGAACUCGCACAAUUUCUUGUCGCGUUGCCUAGCAAACACGUGACAAUAUUGUGUAUU